AUGUGGUGGCUCCCGCUUUUUGUCGCCUCGGUAUCAGCAUUGGGCCCGGUUAAAGAUUACCGGGUCGCCAGCUGGGAGACAUUGGAUUCGUGGCCUUUUAACCACCAAAAAGCCGCCUCGGUCGCUUUACUGGGUGUUGCCACCAAUGUGAUAUCGUCUGUAUCUUCCGUCUCGACGGUUUCGGCGGCAGUGCCAGACUCUGUUCCAACUGUUGUUCUAGGUUCAACUGUCCAGGCAUUAUGGACCGAUUCAUCCAACUCCAUCUACUACGUCAAUGCCACCAUCGACGACAACAACUCGGGCUACUCACAGGUGUUCCCGCUUCUCAUUGAUACAGGCUCGGGCAUCUCGUGGAUCUACAACACCAGCUGCACGCUGAGUGCAUGCCUGAAUGCUCCCAAAUUUGAAGAUUCGGGCUCUAUCUACACCACGUCGUCCUUCAGCCUCACAUAUACGGGUCAGACCAUCAACGGCUCUUUGGUCGACACUUUGCAUAACAAUCUCACAUACAGCUUUCCCGAUGGAUUGGCGUUGGCCAACUACCUGUUUGGAUUGGCGACAUCUGCACCGCUGUUCUUCAACGACUACAAUGUGAGCGGAAUCAUCGGCAUUCCCUCAAAGUUUGACGAGUCCGUGCCGACGAAUUUCAUUGCCCAAUUGAAGGCUACGGGCUCCAUCGACACGAGAAAGUUCGGCUUGGUCUUGGGAGGCAGUGCCAACUCGAACUCCUCUUUUGGCGGGUUGCUUUUAUUUGGAGACGCUGCAUCCAACAAUUCCAAAACUUUGGCCACCUCUGACCUCGCCUAUUGCUCUCUCGAUGAUAACUCGCAUGGUUAUUGGCUUGUUACUGUGUCGGAGUUGAAUGUAGUAGAUUCUGAUGACAAUCCACAUGCAUUGUCCAGUUUCAACAGUUCUCGUCAGGCAAUCAUUGACACAGGAACAACCGGGUUGUCACUUCCGUUGGCUGAUGCUGAUGCGCUCCACACUGCGCUUUUUGGCUCCACUCUCGUAUCUGACAAUAAUGGUAACUAUGCGUUCUUGUGCAAUGCCACCGGGGAGAUGGAUUUCAUCAUCGGUGGACACAAUUUCACCAUUCCCGUUGACAACAUCCGUGGGAGUGCCUACCAGAACAGCGUUUUGAGUGGCUAUUGUGCAUCGAAAGUCCAAGGAUCGACAAGCUCCACCUUCUGGGUGUUGGGAGCCAGCUUCCUUAAGAGUUUCUACACAAUUUUCGAUCUUGACAACCUGAAGAUUGGAUUCGCUCCAUGCGUGGAGUCAUUUGCUACUGCUGCGGCUAAUGAGGCUCCAAAAAUGUCGCUGACCACGUUAGCUACUUCAACCACAUCUAUGGCAAGUUCUGCCUCGAACUCAACAUCUACAAGCCAUAACAACGCUGCGCUCAACGCUGUUGGCCCAUUUGCCAGUCUCAGCAGCGUGGUACUAGCAUUAUUCUGCAUGCUUUAUUAA